CUUUGCACAAUUGAGAGUUUGCGUCACUCCCCUUUUAGGUUAUAAAGUGCCAGAAGUUUUUAUAUUUUUCUAUUCAGUGAUCUACAAUCAGUAGCACCGUGAUUAAUAUUUUGUCAGCAUUUUCAAGUAUUUGUUGUUGCCGAACAAUAUGGAAAUUUUAUGUAAUUCCUAUUCCCAAAAGCACAAGGUAAUUAAUAAAUGGAAAAUUGAUCAAAUAAUUCCAUUUAUUGAGUCUUCUGAAAACAGUGAUGAAAGGACAGUGAAGCUCGUCUCACCUUACUUUACCAUAAAUGACGAAACCAAAAGUUCAUGGCAUUUAGACCUGCGACGAUUAGAGGAAAAAGGAUGGUUAUCAUUAUUUUUGUUCCGAAAUGAUGGAAAUGACAAAGUAAGAAUAAGGUUUUCACUAUUCAUUUUAGACAACAAAAACGAAAGAAAAUUUUUUAAAACUUCCUGUCACCAUCGCGACUUCAGUGAGGGACGGGGAAAUCUAAAAUUUCUUGAAAUAAAACAGUUACUAGACAACAAAGAUGAUUUUUUGCCAAAUAAUGCCUUAACUGUAUGUGCUGAACUAACUGUUUAUGACGAUUACAAAUCAUUUGCUACUGAAUUUCUGUUGCAAACACCACAGCGUCAUAUGACUGACGAUUUUAAAGAACUCUAUGAUAGUAAGUCAAACAGUGACGUUAUUUUAGUUGUGGGUAACGAAAAAUUUAAAGCUCACAAGCUCAUACUGUCAACUCGAAGUCCUGUAUUUUCCGCAAUGUUCACCCAUGAGAUGAAAGAAAAUAGAGAGAGUGGAGUGACUAUACCUGAUAUAGAUCCGGAAAUUUUCAAUAAAAUGUUGGAGUUUAUUUAUACCGACGAGAUAAAUAAUUUGGAUGCAGAUGCUGCGUAUUUGUUAGAAGCUGCAGAUAAAUAUCAAUUGCUGAACCUUAAAAGUUUAUGCGAAGAAUCGUUAUCUAAAUCAUGCAGCAUUGAUAAUGCAAUUAAACUGAUGAUUUUAGCAGAUCUGCAUAAUGCUAAUCAAUUGCUGGAGUUUAUUUUUGAAUUUAUGAUAAAAAAAUAUCAAAGAUAUUACUAAAACUCCAGAGUACGAAGUAUUAGAAAUAACUAAACCAUUGUUAUUAUUAAAAUUAAUCAAGAAAAUAGCAAACUUAAAUGAAAACUAAUGCUUCAAGAAAUGAAAAAUACUUGGUACAUUAGGAGCUAUUACCGGAAAAGACUCGGUUAUAGAGAGGACAAGAUUUGAUUGUAUUAUUUAUAAACUAAUUUACUUAUUUUGUAAAAUUAAUUUACUUAUUUUGUAAAUGUAAUCAUUUUAAUUUUUAAAAAAUAAAACUUCAACAUAUAUUUAUAUUUUUCCUGAUUAAAAGAAACGAUUUACAAUGUUAAACUUCCAUAAGAAGAUCGAUUCAAAAGUAUUCAAAGUAUUCAAAAGCAUUAAAACGUAUUUAAAAUUUUUUUUUUCUAAUCGUUUCAAAUCGUAUCUUUUAUGAGGACU